UUGGUCCUGUGGACCGGUUGGACCAACCGGCCAGUUGGUCCUGUGGACCGGUUGGACCAACCGGCCAGUUGGUCCUGUGGACCGGUUGGACCAACCGGCCUGUUGGUCCUGUGGACCGGUUGGACCAACCGGCCAGUUGGUCCUGUGGACCGGUUGGACCAACCGGCCAGUUGGUCCUGUGGACCGGUUGGACCAACCGGCCAGUUGGUCCUGUGGACCGGUUGGACCAACCGGCCAGUUGGUCCUGUGGACCGGUUGGACCAACCGGCCUGUUGGUCCUGUGGACCGGUUGGACCAACCGGCCAGUUGGUCCUGUGGACCGGUUGGACCAACCGGCCAGUUGGUCCUGUGGACCGGUUGGACCAACCGGCCAGUUGGUCCUGUGGACCGGUUGGACCAACCGGCCAGUUGGUCCUGUGGACCGGUUGGACCAACCGGCCUGUUGGUCCUGUGGACCGGUUGGACCAACCGGCCUGUUGGUCCUGUGGACCGGUUGGACCAACCGGCCUGUUGGUCCUGUGGACCGGUUGGACCAACCGGCCAGUUGGUCCUGUGGACCGGUUGGACCAACCGGCCUGUUGGUCCUGUGGACCGGUUGGACCAACCGGCCAGUUGGUCCUGUGGACCGGUUGGACCAACCGGCCAGUUGGUCCUGUGGACCGGUUGGACCAACCGGCCAGUUGGUCCUGUGGACCGGUUGGACCAACCGGCCAGUUGGUCCUGUGGACCGGUUGGACCAACCGGCCAGUUGGUCCUGUGGACCGGUUGGACCAACCGGCCAGUUGGUCCUGUGGACCGGUUGGACCAACCGGCCAGUUGGUCCUGUGGACCGGUUGGACCAACCGGCCUGUUGGUCCUGUGGACCGGUUGGACCAACCGGCCUGUUGGUCCUGUGGACCGGUUGGACCAACCGGCCAGUUGGUCCUGUGGACCGGUUGGACCAACCGGCCUUGGUCCUGUGGACCGGUUGGACCAACCGGCCAGUUGGUCCUGUGGACCGGUUGGACCAACCGGCCAGUUGGUCCUGUGGACCGGUUGGACCAACCGGCCAGUUGGUCCUGUGGACCGGUUGGACCAACCGGCCAGUUGGUCCUGUGGACCGGUUGGACCAACCGGCCAGUUGGUCCUGUGGACCGGUUGGACCAACCGGCCAGUUGGUCCUGUGGACCGGUUGGACCAACCGGCCUGUUGGUCCUGUGGACCGGUUGGACCAACCGGCCAGUUGGUCCUGUGGACCGGUUGGACCAACCGGCCAGUUGGUCCUGUGGACCGGUUGGACCAACCGGCCAGUUGGUCCUGUGGACCGGUUGGACCAACCGGCCAGUUGGUCCUGUGGACCGGUUGGACCAACCGGCCAGUUGGUCCUGUGGACCGGUUGGACCAACCGGCCAGUUGGUCCUGUGGACCGGUUGGACCAACCGGCCAGUUGGUCCUGUGGACCGGUUGGACCAACCGGCCAGUUGGUCCUGUGGACCGGUUGGACCAACCGGCCUGUUGGUCCUGUGGACCGGUUGGACCAACCGGCCAGUUGGUCCUGUGGACCGGUUGGACCAACCGGCCAGUUGGUCCUGUGGACCGGUUGGACCAACCGGCCAGUUGGUCCUGUGGACCGGUUGGACCAACCGGCCAGUUGGUCCUGUGGACCGGUUGGACCAACCGGCCAGUUGGUCCUGUGGACCGGUUGGACCAACCGGCCAGUUGGUCCUGUGGACCGGUUGGACCAACCGGCCAGUUGGUCCUGUGGACCGGUUGGACCAACCGGCCAGUUGGUCCUGUGGACCGGUUGGACCAACCGGCCUGUUGGUCCUGUGGACCGGUUGGACCAACCGGCCAGUUGGUCCUGUGGACCGGUUGGACCAACCGGCCAGUUGGUCCUGUGGACCGGUUGGACCAACCGGCCAGUUGGUCCUGUGGACCGGUUGGACCAACCGGCCUGUUGGUCCUGUGGACCGGUUGGACCAACCGGCCAGUUGGUCCUGUGGACCGGUUGGACCAACCGGCCUGUUGGUCCUGUGGACCGGUUGGACCAACCGGCCAGUUGGUCCUGUGGACCGGUUGGACCAACCGGCCAGUUGGUCCUGUGGACCGGUUGGACCAACCGGCCUGUUGGUCCUGUGGACCGGUUGGACCAACCGGCCAGUUGGUCCUGUGGACCGGUUGGACCAACCGGCCAGUUGGUCCUGUGGACCGGUUGGACCAACCGGCCAGUUGGUCCUGUGGACCGGUUGGACCAACCGGCCAGUUGGUCCUGUGGACCGGUUGGACCAACCGGCCAGUUGGUCCUGUGGACCGGUUGGACCAACCGGCCAGUUGGUCCUGUGGACCGGUUGGACCAACCGGCCAGUUGGUCCUGUGGACCGGUUGGACCAACCGGCCAGUUGGUCCUGUGGACCGGUUGGACCAACCGGCCAGUUGGUCCUGUGGACCGGUUGGACCAACCGGCCAGUUGGUCCUGUGGACCGGUUGGACCAACCGGCCAGUUGGUCCUGUGGACCGGUUGGACCAACCGGCCUGUUGGUCCUGUGGACCGGUUGGACCAACCGGCCUGUUGGUCCUGUGGACCGGUUGGACCAACCGGCCAGUUGGUCCUGUGGACCGGUUGGACCAACCGGCCAGUUGGUCCUGUGGACCGGUUGGACCAACCGGCCAGUUGGUCCUGUGGACCGGUUGGACCAACCGGCCAGUUGGUCCUGUGGACCGGUUGGACCAACCGGCCAGUUGGUCCUGUGGACCGGUUGGACCAACCGGCCAGUUGGUCCUGUGGACCGGUUGGACCAACCGGCCAGUUGGUCCUGUGGACCGGUUGGACCAACCGGCCAGUUGGUCCUGUGGACCGGUUGGACCAACCGGCCAGUUGGUCCUGUGGACCGGUUGGACCAACCGGCCAGUUGGUCCUGUGGACCGGUUGGACCAACCGGCCUGUUGGUCCUGUGGACCGGUUGGACCAACCGGCCAGUUGGUCCUGUGGACCGGUUGGACCAACCGGCCUGUUGGUCCUGUGGACCGGUUGGACCAACCGGCCAGUUGGUCCUGUGGACCGGUUGGACCAACCGGCCUGUUGGUCCUGUGGACCGGUUGGACCAACCGGCCAGUUGGUCCUGUGGACCGGUUGGACCAACCGGCCAGUUGGUCCUGUGGACCGGUUGGACCAACCGGCCAGUUGGUCCUGUGGACCGGUUGGACCAACCGGCCUGUUGGUCCUGUGGACCGGUUGGACCAACCGGCCAGUUGGUCCUGUGGACCGGUUGGACCAACCGGCCAGUUGGUCCUGUGGACCGGUUGGACCAACCGGCCAGUUGGUCCUGUGGACCGGUUGGACCAACCGGCCAGUUGGUCCUGUGGACCGGUUGGACCAACCGGCCAGUUGGUCCUGUGGACCGGUUGGACCAACCGGCCUGUUGGUCCUGUGGACCGGUUGGACCAACCGGCCUGUUGGUCCUGUGGACCGGUUGGACCAACCGGCCAGUUGGUCCUGUGGACCGGUUGGACCAACCGGCCAGUUGGUCCUGUGGACCGGUUGGACCAACCGGCCAGUUGGUCCUGUGGACCGGUUGGACCAACCGGCCUGUUGGUCCUGUGGACCGGUUGGACCAACCGGCCUGUUGGUCCUGUGGACCGGUUGGACCAACCGGCCAGUUGGUCCUGUGGACCGGUUGGACCAACCGGCCAGUUGGUCCUGUGGACCGGUUGGACCAACCGGCCUGUUGGUCCUGUGGACCGGUUGGACCAACCGGCCAGUUGGUCCUGUGGACCGGUUGGACCAACCGGCCAGUUGGUCCUGUGGACCGGUUGGACCAACCGGCCAGUUGGUCCUGUGGACCGGUUGGACCAACCGGCCAGUUGGUCCUGUGGACCGGUUGGACCAACCGGCCAGUUGGUCCUGUGGACCGGUUGGACCAACCGGCCAGUUGGUCCUGUGGACCGGUUGGACCAACCGGCCUGUUGGUCCUGUGGACCGGUUGGACCAACCGGCCUGUUGGUCCUGUGGACCGGUUGGACCAACCGGCCAGUUGGUCCUGUGGACCGGUUGGACCAACCGGCCUGUUGGUCCUGUGGACCGGUUGGACCAACCGGCCUGUUGGUCCUGUGGACCGGUUGGACCAACCGGCCAGUUGGUCCUGUGGACCGGUUGGACCAACCGGCCUGUUGGUCCUGUGGACCGGUUGGACCAACCGGCCAGUUGGUCCUGUGGACCGGUUGGACCAACCGGCCAGUUGGUCCUGUGGACCGGUUGGACCAACCGGCCAGUUGGUCCUGUGGACCGGUUGGACCAACCGGCCUGUUGGUCCUGUGGACCGGUUGGACCAACCGGCCAGUUGGUCCUGUGGACCGGUUGGACCAACCGGCCAGUUGGUCCUGUGGACCGGUUGGACCAACCGGCCAGUUGGUCCUGUGGACCGGUUGGACCAACCGGCCUGUUGGUCCUGUGGACCGGUUGGACCAACCGGCCAGUUGGUCCUGUGGACCGGUUGGACCAACCGGCCAGUUGGUCCUGUGGACCGGUUGGACCAACCGGCCAGUUGGUCCUGUGGACCGGUUGGACCAACCGGCCUGUUGGUCCUGUGGACCGGUUGGACCAACCGGCCAGUUGGUCCUGUGGACCGGUUGGACCAACCGGCCUGUUGGUCCUGUGGACCGGUUGGACCAACCGGCCUGUUGGUCCUGUGGACCGGUUGGACCAACCGGCCAGUUGGUCCUGUGGACCGGUUGGACCAACCGGCCAGUUGGUCCUGUGGACCGGUUGGACCAACCGGCCAGUUGGUCCUGUGGACCGGUUGGACCAACCGGCCAGUUGGUCCUGUGGACCGGUUGGACCAACCGGCCAGUUGGUCCUGUGGACCGGUUGGACCAACCGGCCAGUUGGUCCUGUGGACCGGUUGGACCAACCGGCCUGUUGGUCCUGUGGACCGGUUGGACCAACCGGCCAGUUGGUCCUGUGGACCGGUUGGACCAACCGGCCAGUUGGUCCUGUGGACCGGUUGGACCAACCGGCCAGUUGGUCCUGUGGACCGGUUGGACCAACCGGCCAGUUGGUCCUGUGGACCGGUUGGACCAACCGGCCUGUUGGUCCUGUGGACCGGUUGGACCAACCGGCCAGUUGGUCCUGUGGACCGGUUGGACCAACCGGCCAGUUGGUCCUGUGGACCGGUUGGACCAACCGGCCAGUUGGUCCUGUGGACCGGUUGGACCAACCGGCCAGUUGGUCCUGUGGACCGGUUGGACCAACCGGCCUGUUGGUCCUGUGGACCGGUUGGACCAACCGGCCUGUUGGUCCUGUGGACCGGUUGGACCAACCGGCCAGUUGGUCCUGUGGACCGGUUGGACCAACCGGCCAGUUGGUCCUGUGGACCGGUUGGACCAACCGGCCAGUUGGUCCUGUGGACCGGUUGGACCAACCGGCCUGUUGGUCCUGUGGACCGGUUGGACCAACCGGCCAGUUGGUCCUGUGGACCGGUUGGACCAACCGGCCAGUUGGUCCUGUGGACCGGUUGGACCAACCGGCCAGUUGGUCCUGUGGACCGGUUGGACCAACCGGCCAGUUGGUCCUGUGGACCGGUUGGACCAACCGGCCAGUUGGUCCUGUGGACCGGUUGGACCAACCGGCCAGUUGGUCCUGUGGACCGGUUGGACCAACCGGCCAGUUGGUCCUGUGGACCGGUUGGACCAACCGGCCAGUUGGUCCUGUGGACCGGUUGGACCAACCGGCCUGUUGGUCCUGUGGACCGGUUGGACCAACCGGCCAGUUGGUCCUGUGGACCGGUUGGACCAACCGGCCAGUUGGUCCUGUGGACCGGUUGGACCAACCGGCCUGUUGGUCCUGUGGACCGGUUGGACCAACCGGCCAGUUGGUCCUGUGGACCGGUUGGACCAACCGGCCAGUUGGUCCUGUGGACCGGUUGGACCAACCGGCCAGUUGGUCCUGUGGACCGGUUGGACCAACCGGCCUGUUGGUCCUGUGGACCGGUUGGACCAACCGGCCUGUUGGUCCUGUGGACCGGUUGGACCAACCGGCCAGUUGGUCCUGUGGACCGGUUGGACCAACCGGCCUGUUGGUCCUGUGGACCGGUUGGACCAACCGGCCUGUUGGUCCUGUGGACCGGUUGGACCAACCGGCCAGUUGGUCCUGUGGACCGGUUGGACCAACCGGCCUGUUGGUCCUGUGGACCGGUUGGACCAACCGGCCAGUUGGUCCUGUGGACCGGUUGGACCAACCGGCCUGUUGGUCCUGUGGACCGGUUGGACCAACCGGCCAGUUGGUCCUGUGGACCGGUUGGACCAACCGGCCAGUUGGUCCUGUGGACCGGUUGGACCAACCGGCCAGUUGGUCCUGUGGACCGGUUGGACCAACCGGCCAGUUGGUCCUGUGGACCGGUUGGACCAACCGGCCAGUUGGUCCUGUGGACCGGUUGGACCAACCGGCCAGUUGGUCCUGUGGACCGGUUGGACCAACCGGCCAGUUGGUCCUGUGGACCGGUUGGACCAACCGGCCUGUUGGUCCUGUGGACCGGUUGGACCAACCGGCCUGUUGGUCCUGUGGACCGGUUGGACCAACCGGCCUGUUGGUCCUGUGGACCGGUUGGACCAACCGGCCAGUUGGUCCUGUGGACCGGUUGGACCAACCGGCCAGUUGGUCCUGUGGACCGGUUGGACCAACCGGCCAGUUGGUCCUGUGGACCGGUUGGACCAACCGGCCAGUUGGUCCUGUGGACCGGUUGGACCAACCGGCCAGUUGGUCCUGUGGACCGGUUGGACCAACCGGCCUGUUGGUCCUGUGGACCGGUUGGACCAACCGGCCAGUUGGUCCUGUGGACCGGUUGGACCAACCGGCCAGUUGGUCCUGUGGACCGGUUGGACCAACCGGCCUGUUGGUCCUGUGGACCGGUUGGACCAACCGGCCAGUUGGUCCUGUGGACCGGUUGGACCAACCGGCCAGUUGGUCCUGUGGACCGGUUGGACCAACCGGCCAGUUGGUCCUGUGGACCGGUUGGACCAACCGGCCUGUUGGUCCUGUGGACCGGUUGGACCAACCGGCCAGUUGGUCCUGUGGACCGGUUGGACCAACCGGCCAGUUGGUCCUGUGGACCGGUUGGACCAACCGGCCAGUUGGUCCUGUGGACCGGUUGGACCAACCGGCCAGUUGGUCCUGUGGACCGGUUGGACCAACCGGCCAGUUGGUCCUGUGGACCGGUUGGACCAACCGGCCAGUUGGUCCUGUGGACCGGUUGGACCAACCGGCCAGUUGGUCCUGUGGACCGGUUGGACCAACCGGCCAGUUGGUCCUGUGGACCGGUUGGACCAACCGGCCUGUUGGUCCUGUGGACCGGUUGGACCAACCGGCCAGUUGGUCCUGUGGACCGGUUGGACCAACCGGCCAGUUGGUCCUGUGGACCGGUUGGACCAACCGGCCAGUUGGUCCUGUGGACCGGUUGGACCAACCGGCCAGUUGGUCCUGUGGACCGGUUGGACCAACCGGCCAGUUGGUCCUGUGGACCGGUUGGACCAACCGGCCUGUUGGUCCUGUGGACCGGUUGGACCAACCGGCCAGUUGGUCCUGUGGACCGGUUGGACCAACCGGCCUGUUGGUCCUGUGGACCGGUUGGACCAACCGGCCAGUUGGUCCUGUGGACCGGUUGGACCAACCGGCCUGUUGGUCCUGUGGACCGGUUGGACCAACCGGCCUGUUGGUCCUGUGGACCGGUUGGACCAACCGGCCAGUUGGUCCUGUGGACCGGUUGGACCAACCGGCCAGUUGGUCCUGUGGACCGGUUGGACCAACCGGCCAGUUGGUCCUGUGGACCGGUUGGACCAACCGGCCAGUUGGUCCUGUGGACCGGUUGGACCAACCGGCCAGUUGGUCCUGUGGACCGGUUGGACCAACCGGCCAGUUGGUCCUGUGGACCGGUUGGACCAACCGGCCAGUUGGUCCUGUGGACCGGUUGGACCAACCGGCCUGUUGGUCCUGUGGACCGGUUGGACCAACCGGCCAGUUGGUCCUGUGGACCGGUUGGACCAACCGGCCAGUUGGUCCUGUGGACCGGUUGGACCAACCGGCCAGUUGGUCCUGUGGACCGGUUGGACCAACCGGCCUGUUGGUCCUGUGGACCGGUUGGACCAACCGGCCAGUUGGUCCUGUGGACCGGUUGGACCAACCGGCCAGUUGGUCCUGUGGACCGGUUGGACCAACCGGCCUGUUGGUCCUGUGGACCGGUUGGACCAACCGGCCAGUUGGUCCUGUGGACCGGUUGGACCAACCGGCCAGUUGGUCCUGUGGACCGGUUGGACCAACCGGCCAGUUGGUCCUGUGGACCGGUUGGACCAACCGGCCUGUUGGUCCUGUGGACCGGUUGGACCAACCGGCCAGUUGGUCCUGUGGACCGGUUGGACCAACCGGCCAGUUGGUCCUGUGGACCGGUUGGACCAACCGGCCAGUUGGUCCUGUGGACCGGUUGGACCAACCGGCCAGUUGGUCCUGUGGACCGGUUGGACCAACCGGCCAGUUGGUCCUGUGGACCGGUUGGACCAACCGGCCAGUUGGUCCUGUGGACCGGUUGGACCAACCGGCCAGUUGGUCCUGUGGACCGGUUGGACCAACCGGCCAGUUGGUCCUGUGGACCGGUUGGACCAACCGGCCUGUUGGUCCUGUGGACCGGUUGGACCAACCGGCCUGUUGGUCCUGUGGACCGGUUGGACCAACCGGCCUGUUGGUCCUGUGGACCGGUUGGACCAACCGGCCUGUUGGUCCUGUGGACCGGUUGGACCAACCGGCCAGUUGGUCCUGUGGACCGGUUGGACCAACCGGCCUGUUGGUCCUGUGGACCGGUUGGACCAACCGGCCUGUUGGUCCUGUGGACCGGUUGGACCAACCGGCCAGUUGGUCCUGUGGACCGGUUGGACCAACCGGCCUGUUGGUCCUGUGGACCGGUUGGACCAACCGGCCAGUUGGUCCUGUGGACCGGUUGGACCAACCGGCCAGUUGGUCCUGUGGACCGGUUGGACCAACCGGCCAGUUGGUCCUGUGGACCGGUUGGACCAACCGGCCAGUUGGUCCUGUGGACCGGUUGGACCAACCGGCCAGUUGGUCCUGUGGACCGGUUGGACCAACCGGCCAGUUGGUCCUGUGGACCGGUUGGACCAACCGGCCAGUUGGUCCUGUGGACCGGUUGGACCAACCGGCCAGUUGGUCCUGUGGACCGGUUGGACCAACCGGCCAGUUGGUCCUGUGGACCGGUUGGACCAACCGGCCUGUUGGUCCUGUGGACCGGUUGGACCAACCGGCCAGUUGGUCCUGUGGACCGGUUGGACCAACCGGCCAGUUGGUCCUGUGGACCGGUUGGACCAACCGGCCUGUUGGUCCUGUGGACCGGUUGGACCAACCGGCCAGUUGGUCCUGUGGACCGGUUGGACCAACCGGCCUGUUGGUCCUGUGGACCGGUUGGACCAACCGGCCUGUUGGUCCUGUGGACCGGUUGGACCAACCGGCCAGUUGGUCCUGUGGACCGGUUGGACCAACCGGCCAGUUGGUCCUGUGGACCGGUUGGACCAACCGGCCAGUUGGUCCUGUGGACCGGUUGGACCAACCGGCCAGUUGGUCCUGUGGACCGGUUGGACCAACCGGCCAGUUGGUCCUGUGGACCGGUUGGACCAACCGGCCUGUUGGUCCUGUGGACCGGUUGGACCAACCGGCCAGUUGGUCCUGUGGACCGGUUGGACCAACCGGCCAGUUGGUCCUGUGGACCGGUUGGACCAACCGGCCAGUUGGUCCUGUGGACCGGUUGGACCAACCGGCCUGUUGGUCCUGUGGACCGGUUGGACCAACCGGCCAGUUGGUCCUGUGGACCGGUUGGACCAACCGGCCAGUUGGUCCUGUGGACCGGUUGGACCAACCGGCCAGUUGGUCCUGUGGACCGGUUGGACCAACCGGCCAGUUGGUCCUGUGGACCGGUUGGACCAACCGGCCAGUUGGUCCUGUGGACCGGUUGGACCAACCGGCCAGUUGGUCCUGUGGACCGGUUGGACCAACCGGCCUGUUGGUCCUGUGGACCGGUUGGACCAACCGGCCAGUUGGUCCUGUGGACCGGUUGGACCAACCGGCCUGUUGGUCCUGUGGACCGGUUGGACCAACCGGCCAGUUGGUCCUGUGGACCGGUUGGACCAACCGGCCAGUUGGUCCUGUGGACCGGUUGGACCAACCGGCCAGUUGGUCCUGUGGACCGGUUGGACCAACCGGCCAGUUGGUCCUGUGGACCGGUUGGACCAACCGGCCAGUUGGUCCUGUGGACCGGUUGGACCAACCGGCCAGUUGGUCCUGUGGACCGGUUGGACCAACCGGCCAGUUGGUCCUGUGGACCGGUUGGACCAACCGGCCUGUUGGUCCUGUGGACCGGUUGGACCAACCGGCCUGUUGGUCCUGUGGACCGGUUGGACCAACCGGCCAGUUGGUCCUGUGGACCGGUUGGACCAACCGGCCAGUUGGUCCUGUGGACCGGUUGGACCAACCGGCCAGUUGGUCCUGUGGACCGGUUGGACCAACCGGCCAGUUGGUCCUGUGGACCGGUUGGACCAACCGGCCAGUUGGUCCUGUGGACCGGUUGGACCAACCGGCCAGUUGGUCCUGUGGACCGGUUGGACCAACCGGCCAGUUGGUCCUGUGGACCGGUUGGACCAACCGGCCAGUUGGUCCUGUGGACCGGUUGGACCAACCGGCCAGUUGGUCCUGUGGACCGGUUGGACCAACCGGCCAGUUGGUCCUGUGGACCGGUUGGACCAACCGGCCAGUUGGUCCUGUGGACCGGUUGGACCAACCGGCCUGUUGGUCCUGUGGACCGGUUGGACCAACCGGCCUGUUGGUCCUGUGGACCGGUUGGACCAACCGGCCUGUUGGUCCUGUGGACCGGUUGGACCAACCGGCCAGUUGGUCCUGUGGACCGGUUGGACCAACCGGCCAGUUGGUCCUGUGGACCGGUUGGACCAACCGGCCAGUUGGUCCUGUGGACCGGUUGGACCAACCGGCCAGUUGGUCCUGUGGACCGGUUGGACCAACCGGCCUGUUGGUCCUGUGGACCGGUUGGACCAACCGGCCAGUUGGUCCUGUGGACCGGUUGGACCAACCGGCCAGUUGGUCCUGUGGACCGGUUGGACCAACCGGCCAGUUGGUCCUGUGGACCGGUUGGACCAACCGGCCAGUUGGUCCUGUGGACCGGUUGGACCAACCGGCCAGUUGGUCCUGUGGACCGGUUGGACCAACCGGCCAGUUGGUCCUGUGGACCGGUUGGACCAACCGGCCAGUUGGUCCUGUGGACCGGUUGGACCAACCGGCCAGUUGGUCCUGUGGACCGGUUGGACCAACCGGCCAGUUGGUCCUGUGGACCGGUUGGACCAACCGGCCUGUUGGUCCUGUGGACCGGUUGGACCAACCGGCCAGUUGGUCCUGUGGACCGGUUGGACCAACCGGCCAGUUGGUCCUGUGGACCGGUUGGACCAACCGGCCAGUUGGUCCUGUGGACCGGUUGGACCAACCGGCCAGUUGGUCCUGUGGACCGGUUGGACCAACCGGCCAGUUGGUCCUGUGGACCGGUUGGACCAACCGGCCAGUUGGUCCUGUGGACCGGUUGGACCAACCGGCCAGUUGGUCCUGUGGACCGGUUGGACCAACCGGCCAGUUGGUCCUGUGGACCGGUUGGACCAACCGGCCAGUUGGUCCUGUGGACCGGUUGGACCAACCGGCCAGUUGGUCCUGUGGACCGGUUGGACCAACCGGCCUGUUGGUCCUGUGGACCGGUUGGACCAACCGGCCAGUUGGUCCUGUGGACCGGUUGGACCAACCGGCCAGUUGGUCCUGUGGACCGGUUGGACCAACCGGCCAGUUGGUCCUGUGGACCGGUUGGACCAACCGGCCAGUUGGUCCUGUGGACCGGUUGGACCAACCGGCCUGUUGGUCCUGUGGACCGGUUGGACCAACCGGCCAGUUGGUCCUGUGGACCGGUUGGACCAACCGGCCAGUUGGUCCUGUGGACCGGUUGGACCAACCGGCCAGUUGGUCCUGUGGACCGGUUGGACCAACCGGCCUGUUGGUCCUGUGGACCGGUUGGACCAACCGGCCAGUUGGUCCUGUGGACCGGUUGGACCAACCGGCCAGUUGGUCCUGUGGACCGGUUGGACCAACCGGCCAGUUGGUCCUGUGGACCGGUUGGACCAACCGGCCAGUUGGUCCUGUGGACCGGUUGGACCAACCGGCCAGUUGGUCCUGUGGACCGGUUGGACCAACCGGCCAGUUGGUCCUGUGGACCGGUUGGACCAACCGGCCAGUUGGUCCUGUGGACCGGUUGGACCAACCGGCCAGUUGGUCCUGUGGACCGGUUGGACCAACCGGCCAGUUGGUCCUGUGGACCGGUUGGACCAACCGGCCAGUUGGUCCUGUGGACCGGUUGGACCAACCGGCCAGUUGGUCCUGUGGACCGGUUGGACCAACCGGCCAGUUGGUCCUGUGGACCGGUUGGACCAACCGGCCUGUUGGUCCUGUGGACCGGUUGGACCAACCGGCCAGUUGGUCCUGUGGACCGGUUGGACCAACCGGCCAGUUGGUCCUGUGGACCGGUUGGACCAACCGGCCUGUUGGUCCUGUGGACCGGUUGGACCAACCGGCCAGUUGGUCCUGUGGACCGGUUGGACCAACCGGCCAGUUGGUCCUGUGGACCGGUUGGACCAACCGGCCAGUUGGUCCUGUGGACCGGUUGGACCAACCGGCCUGUUGGUCCUGUGGACCGGUUGGACCAACCGGCCAGUUGGUCCUGUGGACCGGUUGGACCAACCGGCCAGUUGGUCCUGUGGACCGGUUGGACCAACCGGCCAGUUGGUCCUGUGGACCGGUUGGACCAACCGGCCAGUUGGUCCUGUGGACCGGUUGGACCAACCGGCCAGUUGGUCCUGUGGACCGGUUGGACCAACCGGCCUGUUGGUCCUGUGGACCGGUUGGACCAACCGGCCAGUUGGUCCUGUGGACCGGUUGGACCAACCGGCCAGUUGGUCCUGUGGACCGGUUGGACCAACCGGCCAGUUGGUCCUGUGGACCGGUUGGACCAACCGGCCAGUUGGUCCUGUGGACCGGUUGGACCAACCGGCCAGUUGGUCCUGUGGACCGGUUGGACCAACCGGCCAGUUGGUCCUGUGGACCGGUUGGACCAACCGGCCAGUUGGUCCUGUGGACCGGUUGGACCAACCGGCCUGUUGGUCCUGUGGACCGGUUGGACCAACCGGCCUGUUGGUCCUGUGGACCGGUUGGACCAACCGGCCAGUUGGUCCUGUGGACCGGUUGGACCAACCGGCCUGUUGGUCCUGUGGACCGGUUGGACCAACCGGCCAGUUGGUCCUGUGGACCGGUUGGACCAACCGGCCAGUUGGUCCUGUGGACCGGUUGGACCAACCGGCCAGUUGGUCCUGUGGACCGGUUGGACCAACCGGCCAGUUGGUCCUGUGGACCGGUUGGACCAACCGGCCAGUUGGUCCUGUGGACCGGUUGGACCAACCGGCCAGUUGGUCCUGUGGACCGGUUGGACCAACCGGCCAGUUGGUCCUGUGGACCGGUUGGACCAACCGGCCAGUUGGUCCUGUGGACCGGUUGGACCAACCGGCCAGUUGGUCCUGUGGACCGGUUGGACCAACCGGCCAGUUGGUCCUGUGGACCGGUUGGACCAACCGGCCAGUUGGUCCUGUGGACCGGUUGGACCAACCGGCCAGUUGGUCCUGUGGACCGGUUGGACCAACCGGCCAGUUGGUCCUGUGGACCGGUUGGACCAACGGCCCAGUUGGUCCUGUGGACCGGUUGGACCAACCGGCCAGUUGGUCCUGUGGACCGGUUGGUCCAACCGGCCAGUUGGUCCUGUGGACCGGUUGGACCAACCGGCCAGUUGGUCCUGUGGACCGGUUUGACCAACCGGCCGUUGGUCAUGUGGACCGGUUGGUCCAACCGGCCAGUGUGGUACCUGGUGAGACCGGUUGGUACCAACCGGCCAGUUGGUCAUGUGGACCGGUUGGACCAAACCGGCAGUUGGUCCUGUGGACCGUGUUGGACCAACCGGCCAGUUGGUCCUGUGGACCGUUGGUCCUGUGGACCGGUUGGACCCAACCGGCAUGUUGGUCCUGGGACCGGUUGGACCAACCGGCCAGUUGGUCCUGUGGACCGGUUGGACCACCGGCCAGUUGGUUCAUGUGGACCGGUUGGUCCAACCGGCCAGUUGGUCAUUUUUCCUGUGACCGGUUGGACCAACCGGCCAGUUGGUCCUGUGGACCGGUUGGUCCAACCGGCCAGUUGGUCCUGUGGACCGGUUGGACCAACCCGGCCAGUUGGUCCUGUGGAUCCGGUUGGACCAACCGGCCAGUUGGUCCUGUGGACCGGUUGGACCAACCGGCCAGUUGGUGCAUGUGGACCGGUUGGACCAACCGGCCAGUUGGUCCUGUGGACCGGUGGACCAACCGGCCAGUUGGUCCUGUGGACCGGUUGGACCAACCGGCCAGUUGGUCCUGUGGACCGGUUGGUCCAACCCGGCCAGUUGGUCCUGUGGACGUUGGACAACCGGCCGUGUUGGUCCUGUGGACCGGUUGGACCAACGGCCAGUUGGUCCUGUGGACCGGUUGGACCAACCGGCCAGUUGGUCCUGUGGACCGGUUGGUCCAACCGGCCAGUUGGUCAUGUGGACCGGUUGGACCAACCGGCCAGUUGGUCCUGUGGACCGGUUGGACCAACCGGCAGUUGGUCCUGUGGGACCGGUUGGACCAACCGGCCAGUUGGUCCUGUGGACCGGUUGGUACCAACCGGCCAGUUGGUCCUGUGGACGGUUGGACCAACCGGCCAGUUGGUCCUGUGGACCGGUUGGAUCCAACCGGCCAGUUGGUCCUGGACCGGUUGGACCAACCGGCCGUUGGUCCUGUGGACCGGGUUGUGGACAAACCGUGCCAGUUGGUCCUGUGGACCGGUUUGGACCAACCGGCAAGUUGGUCCUGUGGACCGGUUGGACCAACCGGCCUGUUGGUCCUGUGGACCGGUUUGGACCAACCGGCCAGUUGGUCUGUGGACCGGUUGGACCAACCGGCCAGUUGGUCCUGUGGACCGGUUUGGACCAACCGGCCAGUUGGUCCUGUGGACGGUUGGACCAACCGGCCAGUUGGUCCUGUGGACCGGUUGGUCCAACCGGCCAGUUGGUACCUGUGGACCGGUUGGACCAACCGGCCAGUUGGUCCUGUGGACCGGUUGGACCAACCGGCCUGUUGGUCUGUGGACCGGUUGGACCAACCGGCCAGUUGUCCUGUGGACCGGUUGGACCAACCGGCCAGUUGGUCCUGUGGACCGGUUGGUACCAACCAGCCAGUGGUCAUGUGGACCAACCGGCCAGUUGGUCCUGUGGACCGGUUGGACCAACCGGCCAGUUGGUCCUGUGGACCGGUUGGACCAACCGGCCAGUUGGUCCUGUGGACCGGUUGGACCAACCGGCCAGUUGGUCCUGUGGACCGGUUGGACCAACCGGCCAGUUGGUCCUGUGGACCGGUUGGACCAACCGGCCAGUUGGUCCUGUGGACCGGUUGGACCAACCGGCCAGUUGGUCCUGUGGACCGGUUGGACCAACCGGCCAGUUGGUCCUGUGGACCGGUUGGACCAACCGGCCAGUUGGUCCUGUGGACCGGUUGGACCAACCGGCCAGUUGGUCCUGUGGACCGGUUGGACCAACCGGCCAGUUGGUCCUGUGGACCGGUUGGACCAACCGGCCAGUUGGUCCUGUGGACCGGUUGGACCAACCGGCCAGUUGGUCCUGUGGACCGGUUGGACCAACCGGCCAGUUGGUCCUGUGGACCGGUUGGACCAACCGGCCAGUUGGUCCUGUGGACCGGUUGGACCAACCGGCCAGUUGGUCCUGUGGACCGGUUGGACCAACCGGCCAGUUGGUCCUGUGGACCGGUUGGACCAACCGGCCAGUUGGUCCUGUGGACCGGUUGGACCAACCGGCCAGUUGGUCCUGUGGACCGGUUGGACCAACCGGCCAGUUGGUCCUGUGGACCGGUUGGACCAACCGGCCAGUUGGUCCUGUGGACCGGUUGGACCAACCGGCCAGUUGGUCCUGUGGACCGGUUGGACCAACCGGCCAGUUGGUCCUGUGGACCGGUUGGACCAACCGGCCAGUUGGUCCUGUGGACCGGUUGGACCAACCGGCCAGUUGGUCCUGUGGACCGGUUGGACCAACCGGCCAGUUGGUCCUGUGGACCGGUUGGACCAACCGGCCAGUUGGUCCUGUGGACCGGUUGGACCAACCGGCCAGUUGGUCCUGUGGACCGGUUGGACCAACCGGCCAGUUGGUCCUGUGGACCGGUUGGACCAACCGGCCAGUUGGUCCUGUGGACCGGUUGGACCAACCGGCCAGUUGGUCCUGUGGACCGGUUGGACCAACCGGCCAGUUGGUCCUGUGGACCGGUUGGACCAACCGGCCAGUUGGUCCUGUGGACCGGUUGGACCAACCGGCCAGUUGGUCCUGUGGACCGGUUGGACCAACCGGCCAGUUGGUCCUGUGGACCGGUUGGACCAACCGGCCAGUUGGUCCUGUGGACCGGUUGGACCAACCGGCCAGUUGGUCCUGUGGACCGGUUGGACCAACCGGCCAGUUGGUCCUGUGGACCGGUUGGACCAACCGGCCAGUUGGUCCUGUGGACCGGUUGGACCAACCGGCCAGUUGGUCCUGUGGACCGGUUGGACCAACCGGCCAGUUGGUCCUGUGGACCGGUUGGACCAACCGGCCAGUUGGUCCUGUGGACCGGUUGGACCAACCGGCCAGUUGGUCCUGUGGACCGGUUGGACCAACCGGCCAGUUGGUCCUGUGGACCGGUUGGACCAACCGGCCAGUUGGUCCUGUGGACCGGUUGGACCAACCGGCCAGUUGGUCCUGUGGACCGGUUGGACCAACCGGCCAGUUGGUCCUGUGGACCGGUUGGACCAACCGGCCAGUUGGUCCUGUGGACCGGUUGGACCAACCGGCCAGUUGGUCCUGUGGACCGGUUGGACCAACCGGCCAGUUGGUCCUGUGGACCGGUUGGACCAACCGGCCAGUUGGUCCUGUGGACCGGUUGGACCAACCGGCCAGUUGGUCCUGUGGACCGGUUGGACCAACCGGCCAGUUGGUCCUGUGGACCGGUUGGACCAACCGGCCAGUUGGUCCUGUGGACCGGUUGGACCAACCGGCCAGUUGGUCCUGUGGACCGGUUGGACCAACCGGCCAGUUGGUCCUGUGGACCGGUUGGACCAACCGGCCAGUUGGUCCUGUGGACCGGUUGGACCAACCGGCCAGUUGGUCCUGUGGACCGGUUGGACCAACCGGCCAGUUGGUCCUGUGGACCGGUUGGACCAACCGGCCAGUUGGUCCUGUGGACCGGUUGGACCAACCGGCCAGUUGGUCCUGUGGACCGGUUGGACCAACCGGCCAGUUGGUCCUGUGGACCGGUUGGACCAACCGGCCAGUUGGUCCUGUGGACCGGUUGGACCAACCGGCCAGUUGGUCCUGUGGACCGGUUGGACCAACCGGCCAGUUGGUCCUGUGGACCGGUUGGACCAACCGGCCAGUUGGUCCUGUGGACCGGUUGGACCAACCGGCCAGUUGGUCCUGUGGACCGGUUGGACCAACCGGCCAGUUGGUCCUGUGGACCGGUUGGACCAACCGGCCAGUUGGUCCUGUGGACCGGUUGGACCAACCGGCCAGUUGGUCCUGUGGACCGGUUGGACCAACCGGCCAGUUGGUCCUGUGGACCGGUUGGACCAACCGGCCAGUUGGUCCUGUGGACCGGUUGGACCAACCGGCCAGUUGGUCCUGUGGACCGGUUGGACCAACCGGCCAGUUGGUCCUGUGGACCGGUUGGACCAACCGGCCAGUUGGUCCUGUGGACCGGUUGGACCAACCGGCCAGUUGGUCCUGUGGACCGGUUGGACCAACCGGCCAGUUGGUCCUGUGGACCGGUUGGACCAACCGGCCAGUUGGUCCUGUGGACCGGUUGGACCAACCGGCCAGUUGGUCCUGUGGACCGGUUGGACCAACCGGCCAGUUGGUCCUGUGGACCGGUUGGACCAACCGGCCAGUUGGUCCUGUGGACCGGUUGGACCAACCGGCCAGUUGGUCCUGUGGACCGGUUGGACCAACCGGCCAGUUGGUCCUGUGGACCGGUUGGACCAACCGGCCAGUUGGUCCUGUGGACCGGUUGGACCAACCGGCCAGUUGGUCCUGUGGACCGGUUGGACCAACCGGCCAGUUGGUCCUGUGGACCGGUUGGACCAACCGGCCAGUUGGUCCUGUGGACCGGUUGGACCAACCGGCCAGUUGGUCCUGUGGACCGGUUGGACCAACCGGCCAGUUGGUCCUGUGGACCGGUUGGACCAACCGGCCAGUUGGUCCUGUGGACCGGUUGGACCAACCGGCCAGUUGGUCCUGUGGACCGGUUGGACCAACCGGCCAGUUGGUCCUGUGGACCGGUUGGACCAACCGGCCAGUUGGUCCUGUGGACCGGUUGGACCAACCGGCCAGUUGGUCCUGUGGACCGGUUGGACCAACCGGCCAGUUGGUCCUGUGGACCGGUUGGACCAACCGGCCAGUUGGUCCUGUGGACCGGUUGGACCAACCGGCCAGUUGGUCCUGUGGACCGGUUGGACCAACCGGCCAGUUGGUCCUGUGGACCGGUUGGACCAACCGGCCAGUUGGUCCUGUGGACCGGUUGGACCAACCGGCCAGUUGGUCCUGUGGACCGGUUGGACCAACCGGCCAGUUGGUCCUGUGGACCGGUUGGACCAACCGGCCAGUUGGUCCUGUGGACCGGUUGGACCAACCGGCCAGUUGGUCCUGUGGACCGGUUGGACCAACCGGCCAGUUGGUCCUGUGGACCGGUUGGACCAACCGGCCAGUUGGUCCUGUGGACCGGUUGGACCAACCGGCCAGUUGGUCCUGUGGACCGGUUGGACCAACCGGCCAGUUGGUCCUGUGGACCGGUUGGACCAACCGGCCAGUUGGUCCUGUGGACCGGUUGGACCAACCGGCCAGUUGGUCCUGUGGACCGGUUGGACCAACCGGCCAGUUGGUCCUGUGGACCGGUUGGACCAACCGGCCAGUUGGUCCUGUGGACCGGUUGGACCAACCGGCCAGUUGGUCCUGUGGACCGGUUGGACCAACCGGCCAGUUGGUCCUGUGGACCGGUUGGACCAACCGGCCAGUUGGUCCUGUGGACCGGUUGGACCAACCGGCCAGUUGGUCCUGUGGACCGGUUGGACCAACCGGCCAGUUGGUCCUGUGGACCGGUUGGACCAACCGGCCAGUUGGUCCUGUGGACCGGUUGGACCAACCGGCCAGUUGGUCCUGUGGACCGGUUGGACCAACCGGCCAGUUGGUCCUGUGGACCGGUUGGACCAACCGGCCAGUUGGUCCUGUGGACCGGUUGGACCAACCGGCCAGUUGGUCCUGUGGACCGGUUGGACCAACCGGCCAGUUGGUCCUGUGGACCGGUUGGACCAACCGGCCAGUUGGUCCUGUGGACCGGUUGGACCAACCGGCCAGUUGGUCCUGUGGACCGGUUGGACCAACCGGCCAGUUGGUCCUGUGGACCGGUUGGACCAACCGGCCAGUUGGUCCUGUGGACCGGUUGGACCAACCGGCCAGUUGGUCCUGUGGACCGGUUGGACCAACCGGCCAGUUGGUCCUGUGGACCGGUUGGACCAACCGGCCAGUUGGUCCUGUGGACCGGUUGGACCAACCGGCCAGUUGGUCCUGUGGACCGGUUGGACCAACCGGCCAGUUGGUCCUGUGGACCGGUUGGACCAACCGGCCAGUUGGUCCUGUGGACCGGUUGGACCAACCGGCCAGUUGGUCCUGUGGACCGGUUGGACCAACCGGCCAGUUGGUCCUGUGGACCGGUUGGACCAACCGGCCAGUUGGUCCUGUGGACCGGUUGGACCAACCGGCCAGUUGGUCCUGUGGACCGGUUGGACCAACCGGCCAGUUGGUCCUGUGGACCGGUUGGACCAACCGGCCAGUUGGUCCUGUGGACCGGUUGGACCAACCGGCCAGUUGGUCCUGUGGACCGGUUGGACCAACCGGCCAGUUGGUCCUGUGGACCGGUUGGACCAACCGGCCAGUUGGUCCUGUGGACCGGUUGGACCAACCGGCCAGUUGGUCCUGUGGACCGGUUGGACCAACCGGCCAGUUGGUCCUGUGGACCGGUUGGACCAACCGGCCAGUUGGUCCUGUGGACCGGUUGGACCAACCGGCCAGUUGGUCCUGUGGACCGGUUGGACCAACCGGCCAGUUGGUCCUGUGGACCGGUUGGACCAACCGGCCAGUUGGUCCUGUGGACCGGUUGGACCAACCGGCCAGUUGGUCCUGUGGACCGGUUGGACCAACCGGCCAGUUGGUCCUGUGGACCGGUUGGACCAACCGGCCAGUUGGUCCUGUGGACCGGUUGGACCAACCGGCCAGUUGGUCCUGUGGACCGGUUGGACCAACCGGCCAGUUGGUCCUGUGGACCGGUUGGACCAACCGGCCAGUUGGUCCUGUGGACCGGUUGGACCAACCGGCCAGUUGGUCCUGUGGACCGGUUGGACCAACCGGCCAGUUGGUCCUGUGGACCGGUUGGACCAACCGGCCAGUUGGUCCUGUGGACCGGUUGGACCAACCGGCCAGUUGGUCCUGUGGACCGGUUGGACCAACCGGCCAGUUGGUCCUGUGGACCGGUUGGACCAACCGGCCAGUUGGUCCUGUGGACCGGUUGGACCAACCGGCCAGUUGGUCCUGUGGACCGGUUGGACCAACCGGCCAGUUGGUCCUGUGGACCGGUUGGACCAACCGGCCAGUUGGUCCUGUGGACCGGUUGGACCAACCGGCCAGUUGGUCCUGUGGACCGGUUGGACCAACCGGCCAGUUGGUCCUGUGGACCGGUUGGACCAACCGGCCAGUUGGUCCUGUGGACCGGUUGGACCAACCGGCCAGUUGGUCCUGUGGACCGGUUGGACCAACCGGCCAGUUGGUCCUGUGGACCGGUUGGACCAACCGGCCAGUUGGUCCUGUGGACCGGUUGGACCAACCGGCCAGUUGGUCCUGUGGACCGGUUGGACCAACCGGCCAGUUGGUCCUGUGGACCGGUUGGACCAACCGGCCAGUUGGUCCUGUGGACCGGUUGGACCAACCGGCCAGUUGGUCCUGUGGACCGGUUGGACCAACCGGCCAGUUGGUCCUGUGGACCGGUUGGACCAACCGGCCAGUUGGUCCUGUGGACCGGUUGGACCAACCGGCCAGUUGGUCCUGUGGACCGGUUGGACCAACCGGCCAGUUGGUCCUGUGGACCGGUUGGACCAACCGGCCAGUUGGUCCUGUGGACCGGUUGGACCAACCGGCCAGUUGGUCCUGUGGACCGGUUGGACCAACCGGCCAGUUGGUCCUGUGGACCGGUUGGACCAACCGGCCAGUUGGUCCUGUGGACCGGUUGGACCAACCGGCCAGUUGGUCCUGUGGACCGGUUGGACCAACCGGCCAGUUGGUCCUGUGGACCGGUUGGACCAACCGGCCAGUUGGUCCUGUGGACCGGUUGGACCAACCGGCCAGUUGGUCCUGUGGACCGGUUGGACCAACCGGCCAGUUGGUCCUGUGGACCGGUUGGACCAACCGGCCAGUUGGUCCUGUGGACCGGUUGGACCAACCGGCCAGUUGGUCCUGUGGACCGGUUGGACCAACCGGCCAGUUGGUCCUGUGGACCGGUUGGACCAACCGGCCAGUUGGUCCUGUGGACCGGUUGGACCAACCGGCCAGUUGGUCCUGUGGACCGGUUGGACCAACCGGCCAGUUGGUCCUGUGGACCGGUUGGACCAACCGGCCAGUUGGUCCUGUGGACCGGUUGGACCAACCGGCCAGUUGGUCCUGUGGACCGGUUGGACCAACCGGCCAGUUGGUCCUGUGGACCGGUUGGACCAACCGGCCAGUUGGUCCUGUGGACCGGUUGGACCAACCGGCCAGUUGGUCCUGUGGACCGGUUGGACCAACCGGCCAGUUGGUCCUGUGGACCGGUUGGACCAACCGGCCAGUUGGUCCUGUGGACCGGUUGGACCAACCGGCCAGUUGGUCCUGUGGACCGGUUGGACCAACCGGCCAGUUGGUCCUGUGGACCGGUUGGACCAACCGGCCAGUUGGUCCUGUGGACCGGUUGGACCAACCGGCCAGUUGGUCCUGUGGACCGGUUGGACCAACCGGCCAGUUGGUCCUGUGGACCGGUUGGACCAACCGGCCAGUUGGUCCUGUGGACCGGUUGGACCAACCGGCCAGUUGGUCCUGUGGACCGGUUGGACCAACCGGCCAGUUGGUCCUGUGGACCGGUUGGACCAACCGGCCAGUUGGUCCUGUGGACCGGUUGGACCAACCGGCCAGUUGGUCCUGUGGACCGGUUGGACCAACCGGCCAGUUGGUCCUGUGGACCGGUUGGACCAACCGGCCAGUUGGUCCUGUGGACCGGUUGGACCAACCGGCCAGUUGGUCCUGUGGACCGGUUGGACCAACCGGCCAGUUGGUCCUGUGGACCGGUUGGACCAACCGGCCAGUUGGUCCUGUGGACCGGUUGGACCAACCGGCCAGUUGGUCCUGUGGACCGGUUGGACCAACCGGCCAGUUGGUCCUGUGGACCGGUUGGACCAACCGGCCAGUUGGUCCUGUGGACCGGUUGGACCAACCGGCCAGUUGGUCCUGUGGACCGGUUGGACCAACCGGCCAGUUGGUCCUGUGGACCGGUUGGACCAACCGGCCAGUUGGUCCUGUGGACCGGUUGGACCAACCGGCCAGUUGGUCCUGUGGACCGGUUGGACCAACCGGCCAGUUGGUCCUGUGGACCGGUUGGACCAACCGGCCAGUUGGUCCUGUGGACCGGUUGGACCAACCGGCCAGUUGGUCCUGUGGACCGGUUGGACCAACCGGCCAGUUGGUCCUGUGGACCGGUUGGACCAACCGGCCAGUUGGUCCUGUGGACCGGUUGGACCAACCGGCCAGUUGGUCCUGUGGACCGGUUGGACCAACCGGCCAGUUGGUCCUGUGGACCGGUUGGACCAACCGGCCAGUUGGUCCUGUGGACCGGUUGGACCAACCGGCCAGUUGGUCCUGUGGACCGGUUGGACCAACCGGCCUGUUGGUCCUGUGGACCGGUUGGACCAACCGGCCAGUUGGUCCUGUGGACCGGUUGGACCAACCGGCCAGUUGGUCCUGUGGACCGGUUGGACCAACCGGCCAGUUGGUCCUGUGGACCGGUUGGACCAACCGGCCAGUUGGUCCUGUGGACCGGUUGGACCAACCGGCCAGUUGGUCCUGUGGACCGGUUGGACCAACCGGCCAGUUGGUCCUGUGGACCGGUUGGACCAACCGGCCAGUUGGUCCUGUGGACCGGUUGGACCAACCGGCCAGUUGGUCCUGUGGACCGGUUGGACCAACCGGCCAGUUGGUCCUGUGGACCGGUUGGACCAACCGGCCAGUUGGUCCUGUGGACCGGUUGGACCAACCGGCCAGUUGGUCCUGUGGACCGGUUGGACCAACCGGCCAGUUGGUCCUGUGGACCGGUUGGACCAACCGGCCAGUUGGUCCUGUGGACCGGUUGGACCAACCGGCCAGUUGGUCCUGUGGACCGGUUGGACCAACCGGCCUGUUGGUCCUGUGGACCGGUUGGACCAACCGGCCAGUUGGUCCUGUGGACCGGUUGGACCAACCGGCCAGUUGGUCCUGUGGACCGGUUGGACCAACCGGCCAGUUGGUCCUGUGGACCGGUUGGACCAACCGGCCAGUUGGUCCUGUGGACCGGUUGGACCAACCGGCCAGUUGGUCCUGUGGACCGGUUGGACCAACCGGCCAGUUGGUCCUGUGGACCGGUUGGACCAACCGGCCAGUUGGUCCUGUGGACCGGUUGGACCAACCGGCCAGUUGGUCCUGUGGACCGGUUGGACCAACCGGCCAGUUGGUCCUGUGGACCGGUUGGACCAACCGGCCAGUUGGUCCUGUGGACCGGUUGGACCAACCGGCCAGUUGGUCCUGUGGACCGGUUGGACCAACCGGCCAGUUGGUCCUGUGGACCGGUUGGACCAACCGGCCAGUUGGUCCUGUGGACCGGUUGGACCAACCGGCCAGUUGGUCCUGUGGACCGGUUGGACCAACCGGCCAGUUGGUCCUGUGGACCGGUUGGACCAACCGGCCAGUUGGUCCUGUGGACCGGUUGGACCAACCGGCCAGUUGGUCCUGUGGACCGGUUGGACCAACCGGCCAGUUGGUCCUGUGGACCGGUUGGACCAACCGGCCAGUUGGUCCUGUGGACCGGUUGGACCAACCGGCCAGUUGGUCCUGUGGACCGGUUGGACCAACCGGCCAGUUGGUCCUGUGGACCGGUUGGACCAACCGGCCAGUUGGUCCUGUGGACCGGUUGGACCAACCGGCCAGUUGGUCCUGUGGACCGGUUGGACCAACCGGCCAGUUGGUCCUGUGGACCGGUUGGACCAACCGGCCAGUUGGUCCUGUGGACCGGUUGGACCAACCGGCCUGUUGGUCCUGUGGACCGGUUGGACCAACCGGCCAGUUGGUCCUGUGGACCGGUUGGACCAACCGGCCAGUUGGUCCUGUGGACCGGUUGGACCAACCGGCCAGUUGGUCCUGUGGACCGGUUGGACCAACCGGCCAGUUGGUCCUGUGGACCGGUUGGACCAACCGGCCAGUUGGUCCUGUGGACCGGUUGGACCAACCGGCCAGUUGGUCCUGUGGACCGGUUGGACCAACCGGCCAGUUGGUCCUGUGGACCGGUUGGACCAACCGGCCAGUUGGUCCUGUGGACCGGUUGGACCAACCGGCCAGUUGGUCCUGUGGACCGGUUGGACCAACCGGCCAGUUGGUCCUGUGGACCGGUUGGACCAACCGGCCAGUUGGUCCUGUGGACCGGUUGGACCAACCGGCCAGUUGGUCCUGUGGACCGGUUGGACCAACCGGCCAGUUGGUCCUGUGGACCGGUUGGACCAACCGGCCAGUUGGUCCUGUGGACCGGUUGGACCAACCGGCCAGUUGGUCCUGUGGACCGGUUGGACCAACCGGCCAGUUGGUCCUGUGGACCGGUUGGACCAACCGGCCAGUUGGUCCUGUGGACCGGUUGGACCAACCGGCCAGUUGGUCCUGUGGACCGGUUGGACCAACCGGCCAGUUGGUCCUGUGGACCGGUUGGACCAACCGGCCAGUUGGUCCUGUGGACCGGUUGGACCAACCGGCCUGUUGGUCCUGUGGACCGGUUGGACCAACCGGCCAGUUGGUCCUGUGGACCGGUUGGACCAACCGGCCAGUUGGUCCUGUGGACCGGUUGGACCAACCGGCCAGUUGGUCCUGUGGACCGGUUGGACCAACCGGCCAGUUGGUCCUGUGGACCGGUUGGACCAACCGGCCAGUUGGUCCUGUGGACCGGUUGGACCAACCGGCCAGUUGGUCCUGUGGACCGGUUGGACCAACCGGCCAGUUGGUCCUGUGGACCGGUUGGACCAACCGGCCAGUUGGUCCUGUGGACCGGUUGGACCAACCGGCCAGUUGGUCCUGUGGACCGGUUGGACCAACCGGCCAGUUGGUCCUGUGGACCGGUUGGACCAACCGGCCAGUUGGUCCUGUGGACCGGUUGGACCAACCGGCCAGUUGGUCCUGUGGACCGGUUGGACCAACCGGCCAGUUGGUCCUGUGGACCGGUUGGACCAACCGGCCAGUUGGUCCUGUGGACCGGUUGGACCAACCGGCCAGUUGGUCCUGUGGACCGGUUGGACCAACCGGCCAGUUGGUCCUGUGGACCGGUUGGACCAACCGGCCAGUUGGUCCUGUGGACCGGUUGGACCAACCGGCCAGUUGGUCCUGUGGACCGGUUGGACCAACCGGCCAGUUGGUCCUGUGGACCGGUUGGACCAACCGGCCAGUUGGUCCUGUGGACCGGUUGGACCAACCGGCCAGUUGGUCCUGUGGACCGGUUGGACCAACCGGCCAGUUGGUCCUGUGGACCGGUUGGACCAACCGGCCAGUUGGUCCUGUGGACCGGUUGGACCAACCGGCCAGUUGGUCCUGUGGACCGGUUGGACCAACCGGCCAGUUGGUCCUGUGGACCGGUUGGACCAACCGGCCAGUUGGUCCUGUGGACCGGUUGGACCAACCGGCCAGUUGGUCCUGUGGACCGGUUGGACCAACCGGCCAGUUGGUCCUGUGGACCGGUUGGACCAACCGGCCAGUUGGUCCUGUGGACCGGUUGGACCAACCGGCCAGUUGGUCCUGUGGACCGGUUGGACCAACCGGCCAGUUGGUCCUGUGGACCGGUUGGACCAACCGGCCAGUUGGUCCUGUGGACCGGUUGGACCAACCGGCCAGUUGUCAUGUGGACCGGUUGGACCAACCGGCCAGUGGGUCAUGUGGACCGGUUGGACCAACGGCCAGUUGGUCAUGUGGACCGCUUGGACCAACCGGCCAGUUGGUCCUGUGGACCGGUUGGACCAACCGGCCAGUUGGUCCUGUGGACCGGUUUGGACCAACCGGCCAGUUGGUCAUGUGGACCGUUGGACCAACCGGCCAGUUUGGUCAUGUGGACCGGUUGGGCCAACCGGCCAGUUGGUCAUGUGGACCGGUUGGACCAACCGGCCAGUUGGUCCUGUGGACCGGUUGACCCAAACGGCCUGUUGGUCCUGUGGACCGGUUGGACCAACCGGCCAGUUGGUCCUGUGGACCAGGUUUGGACCAACCGGCCAGUUGUCCUGUGACCGCGUUAGGACCAACCGGCCAGUUGGUCUGUGGACCGGUUGGACCAACCGGCCAGUUGGUUCCAUUGUGGACCGGUUGGAUCCAACCGGACAUGUUGGUCCUGUGGACCGGUUGGACCAACCGGCCAGUUGGUCCUGUGGACCGGUUGGACCAACGGCCAGUUGGUCCUGUGGACCGGUUGGACCAACCGGCCGUUGGUCAUGUGGACCGGUUGGACCAACCGGCCAGUUGGUCCUGUGGACCGGUUGGGACCAACCGGCCAGUUGGUCCUGUGGACCGGUUGGACCAACCGGCCAGUUGGUCAUGUGGACCGGUUGGACCAACCGGCCAGUUGGUCAUGUGGACCGGUUGGUACCAACCGGCCAGUUGGUCCUGUGGACCGGUUGGACCAACCGGCCAGUUGGUCCUGUGGACCGGGUUGGACCAACCGGCCAGUUGGUCCUGUGGACCGGUUGGACCAACCGGCCAGUUGGGUCAUGUUGGACCGGUUGGACCAACCGGCCAGUUGGUCCUGUGGACCGGUUGGACCAACCGGCCAGUUGGUCCUGUGGACCGGUUGGACCAACCGGCCAGUUGGUCCUGUGGACCGGUUGGACCAACCGGCCAGUUGGUCCUGUGGACCGGUUGGACCAACCGGCCAGUUGGUCCUGUGGACCGGUUGGACCAACCGGCCAGUUGGUCCUGUGGACCGGUUGGACCAACCGGCCAGUUGGUCCUGUGGACCGGUUGGACCAACCGGCCAGUUGGUCCUGUGGACCGGUUGGACCAACCGGCCAGUUGGUCCUGUGGACCGGUUGGACCAACCGGCCAGUUGGUCCUGUGGACCGGUUGGACCAAACCGGCCAGUUGGUCCUGUGGACCGGUUGGACCAACCGGCCAGUUGGUCCUGUGGACCGGUUGGACCAACCGGCCAGUUGGUCCUGUGGACCGGUUGGACCAACCGGCCAGUUGGUCCUGUGGACCGGUUGGACCAACCGGCCAGUGGUCAUGUGGACCCGGUUGGACCCAACCGGGCCAGUUGCGUCUGUGGACCGGUUGGUACCAACGGCCAGUUGGUCAUGUGGACCGGUUGGACCAACGGCCAGUUGGUCCUGUGGACCGGUUGGACCAACCGGCCAGUUGGUCCUGUGGACCGGUUGGACCAACCGGCCAGUUGGUCCUGUGGACCGGUUGGUACCAACCGGACCAGUUGGUCCUGUGGACCGGUUGGACCAACCGGCCAGUUGGUCCUGUGGACCGGUUGGACCAACCGGCCAGUUGGUCCUGUGGACCGGUUGGACCAACCGGCCAGUUGGUCCUGUGGACCGGUUGGACCAACCGGCCAGUUGGUCCUGUGGACCGUUGUUCCCUGUGGACCGGUUUGGACCAACCGGCCAGUUGGUCAUGUGGACCGGUUGGACCAACCGGCCAGUUGGUCCUGUGGACCGGUUGGCCAACCGGCCAGUUGGUCAUGUGACCGGUUGGACCAACCGGCCAGUUGGUCCUUGUGGACCGUUGGACCAACCGGCCAGUUGGUCAUGUGGACCGGUUGGUACCAACCGGCCAGUUGGUCAUGUGGACCGGUUGGACCAACCGGCCAAGUUGGUCAUGUGGACCGGUUGGACCAACCGGCCAGUUGGUCCUGUGGACCGGGUUGGACCAACCGGCCAGUUGGUCCUGUGGACCGGUUGGACCAACCGGCCAGUUGGUCCAUGUGGACCGGUUUGGUCCAAACCGGCCAGUUGGUCAUGUGGACCGGUUGGACCAACCGGCCAGUUGGUCCUGUGGACCGGUUGGACCAACCGGGCCAGUUGGUCCUGUGGACCGUUGGACCAACCGGCCAGUUGGUCCUGUGGACCCGGUUGGACCAACCGGCCAGUUGGUCCUGUGGACCGGUUGGACCAACCGGCCAGUUGGUCCUGUGGACCGGUUGGACCAACCGGCCAGUUGGUCCUGUGGACCGGUUGGACCAACCGGCCAGUUGGUCCUGUGGACCGGUUGGACCAACCGGCCAGUUGGUCCUGUGGACCGGUUGGACCAACCGGCCAGUUGGUCCGGUUGGACCAACCGGCCAGUUGGUCCUGUGGACCGGUUGGACCAACCGGCCAGUUGGUCCUGUGGACCGGUUGGACCAACCGGCCAGUUGGUCCUGUGGACCGGUUGGACCAACCGGCCAGUUGGUCCUGUGGACCGGUUGGACCAACCGGCCAGUUGGUCCUGUGGACCGGUUGGACCAACCGGCCAGUUGGUCCUGUGGACCGGUUGGACCAACCGGCCAGUUGGUCCUGUGGACCGGUUGGACCAACCGGCCAGUUGGUCCUGUGGACCGGUUGGACCAACCGGCCAGUUGGUCCUGUGGACCGGUUGGACCAACGGCCAGUUGGUCCUGUGGACCGGUUGGACCAACCGGCCAGUUGGUCCUGUGGACCGGUUGGACCAACCGGCCAGUUGGUCCUGUGGACCGGUUGGACCAACCGGCCAGUUGGUCCUGUGGACCGGUUGGACCAACCGGCCAGUUGGUCCUGUGGACGGUUGGACCAACCGGCCAGUUGGUCCUGUGGACCGGUUGGACCAACCGGCCAGUUGGUCCUGUGGACCGGUUGGACCAACCGGCCAGUUGGUCCUGUGGACCGGUUGGACCAACCGGCCAGUUGGUCCUGUGGACCGGUUGGACCAACCGGCCAGUUGGUCCUGUGGACCGGUUGGACCAACCGGCCAGUUGGUCCUGUGGACCGGUUGGACCAACCGGCAGUUGGUCCUGUGGACCGGUUGGACCAACCGGCCAGUUGGUCAUGUGGACCGGUUGGACCAACCGGCCUAGUUGGUCCUGUGGACGGUUGGACCAACCGGCCAGUUGGUCAUGUGGACCGGUUGGUCCAACCGGCCAGUUGGUCAUGUGGACCGGGUGUGACCAACCGGCCAGUUGGUCAUGUGGACCGGUUGGACCAACCGGCCAUUUGGUCAUGUGGACCGGUUGGACCAACCGGCCAGUUGGUCAUGUGGACCGGUUGGACCAACCGGCCAUGUUGGUCCCUGUGGACCGGUUGGACCAACCGGCCAGUUGGUCAUGUGACCGGUUGGACCAACCGGCCAGUUGGUCAUGUGGACCGGUUGGACCAACCGGCCAGUUGGUCCUGUGGACCGGUUGGACCAACCGGCCAGUUGUCCUGUGGACCGGUUGGAUCCAACCGCCAGUUGGUCCUGUGGACCGGUUGGACCAACCGGCCCAGUUGGUCCAUGUGGACCGGUUGGACCAACCGGCCAGUUGGUCCUGUGGACCGGUUGGACCAACCGGCCAGUUGGUCCUGUGGACCGGUUGGACCAACCGGCCAGUUGGUCCUGUGGACCGGUUGGUACCAACCGGCCAGUUGGUCAUGUGUGGGAGGCCGGUUGGUACCAACCCGGCCAGUUGGUCCUGUGGACCGGUUGGUACCAACCGGCCAGUUGGUCAUGUGGACCGGUUGGACCAACCGGCCAGUUGGUCCUGUGGACCGGUUUGGACCAACCGGCCAGUUGGUCCUGUGGACCGGUGGACCAACCGGCCAGUUGGUCCUGUGGACCGGUUGGACCAACCGGCCAGUUGGUCCUGUGGACCGGUUGGACCAACCGGCCAGUUGGUCAUGUGGACCGGUUGGACCAACCGGCCAGUUGGUCAUGUGGACCGGUUGGACCAACCGGCCAGUUGGUCCUGUGGACCGGUUGGUACCAAUCGGCCAGUUGGUCCUGUGGACCGGUUGGACCAACCGGCCAGUUGGUCCUGUGGACCGGUUGGACCAACCGGCCAGUUGGUCCUGUGGACCGGUUGGACCAACCGGCCAGUUGGUCCUGUGGACCGUUGGUCAUGUGGACCGGUUGACCAACCGGCCAGUUGGUCCUGUGGACCGGUUGGACCAACCGCCAGUUGGUCCUGUGGACCGGUUGGACCAACCGGCCAGUUGGUCCUGUGGACCGGUUGACCAACCGGCCAGUUGGUCCUGUGGACCGGUUGGAACCAACCGGCCAGUUGGUCCUGUGGACCGGUUGGACCAACCGGCCAGUUGGUCCUGUGGACCGGUUGGACCAACGGCCAUGUUGGUCCUGUGGACCGGUUGGACCAACCGGCCAGUUGGUCCUUGGACCGGUUGGACCAACCGGCCAGUUGGUCAUGUGGACCGGUUGGACCAACCGGCCAGUUGGUCCUGUGGACCGGUUGACCAACCGGCCAGUUGGUCCUGUGGACCGGUUGGACCAACCGGCCAGUUGGUCCUGUGGACCGGUUGGACCAACCGGCCAGUUGUCCUGUGGACCGGUUGGACCAACCGGCCAGUUGGUCCCUGUGGACCGGUUGACCACCGGCCAGUUGGUCCUGUGGACCGGUUGGACCAAACGGCCCAGUUGGUCCCUAGUGGACCGGUUGGACCAAACCGGCCAGUUGGUCUUGUGGACCGUUGGACCAACCGGCCAGUUGGUCAUGUGGAACCGGUUGGACCAACCGGCCAGUUGGUCCCUGUGGACCGGUUGGACCAACCGGCCAGUUGGUCAUGUGGACCGGUUUGGACCAACCGGCCAGUUGGUCCUGUGGACCGGUUGGACCAACCGGCCAGUUGGUCUGUGGACCGGUUGGACCAACCGGCCAGUUGGUCAUGUGGACCGGUUGGUACCAACCGGCCAGUUGGUCCUGUGGACCGGUUGGUCCAACCGGCCAGUUGGUCAUGUGGACCGGUUGGACCACCCGGCCAGUUGGUCCUGUGGACCGGUUUGGACCAACCGGCCAGUUUGGUCAUGUGGACCGGUUGGUACCCAACCGGCCAGUUGGUCCUGUGGACCGGUUGGACCAACCGGCCAGUUGGUCAUGUGGACCGGUUGGGCCAACCGGCCAGUUGGUCCUGUGGACCGGUUGGACCAACCGGCCAGUUGGUCAUGUGGACCGGUUGGACCAACCGGCCAGUUGGUCAUGUGGACCGGUUGGACCAACCGGCCAGUUGGUCAUGUGGACCGGUUGGACCAACCGGCCAGUUGGUCCUGUGGACCGGUUGGACCAACCGGCCAGUUGGUCCUGUGGACCGGUUGGACCAACCGGCCAGUUGGUCCUGUGGGACCGGUUGGACCAACCGGCCAGUUGGUCCUGUGGACCGGUUGGACCAACCGGCCAGUUGGUCCUGUGGACCGGUUGGACCAACCGGCCAGUUGGUCCUGUGGACCGGUUGGACCAACCGGCCAGUUGGUCCUGUGGACCGGUUGGACCAACCGGCCAGUUGGUCCUGUGGACCGGUUGGACCAACCGGCCAGUUGGUCCUGUGGACCGGUUGGACCAACCGGCCAGUGGUCCGGUUGGACCAACCGGCCAGUUGGUCAUGUGGACCGGUUGGACCAACCGGCCAGUUGGUCCUGUGGACCGGUUGGACCAACCGGCCAGUUGGUCCUGUGGACCGGUUGGACCAACCGGCCAGUUGGUCCUGUGGACCGGUUGGACCAACCGGCCAGUUGGUCCUGUGGACCGGUUGGACCAACCGGCCAGUUGGUCUGUGGACCGGUUGGACCAACCGGCCAGUUGGUCCUGUGGACGGUUGGACCAACGGCCAGUUGGUCAUGUGGACCGGUGGACCACCAACCGGCCAGUUGGUCCUGUGGACCGGUUGGACCAACCGGCCAGUUGGUCCUGUGGACCGGUUGGACCAACCGGCCAGUUGGUCAUGUGGACCGGUUGGACCAACCGGCCAGUUGGUCCUGUGGACCGGUUGGACCAAACGGCCAGUUGGUCCUGUGGACCGUUGGACCAACCGGCCAGUUGGUCCUGUGGACCGGUUGGACCAACCGGCCAGUUGGUCCUGUGGACCGGUUGGACCAACCGGCCAGUUGGUCAUGUGGACCGGUUGGACCAACCGGCCAGUUGGUCCUGUGGACCGGUUGGACCAACCGGCCAGUUGGUCCUGUGGACCGGUUGGACCAACCGGCCAGUUGGUCCUGUGGACCGGUUGGACCAACCGGCCAGUUGGUCCUGUGGACCGGUUGGACCAACCGGCCAGUUGGUCCUGUGGACCGGUUGGACCAACCGGCCAGUUGGUCCUGUGGACCCGGUUGGACCAACCGGCCAGUUGGUCCUGUGGACCGGUUGGACCAACCGGCCAGUUGGUCCUGUGGACCGGUUGGACCAACCGGCCAGUUGGUCCUGUGGACCGGUUGGACCAACCGGCCAGUUGGUCAUGUGGACCGGUUGGACCAACCGGCCAGUUGGUCCUGUGGACCGGUUGGACCAACCGGCCAGUUGGUCCUGUGGACCGGUUGGACCAACCGGCCAGUUGGUCCUGUGGACCGGUUGGACCAACCGGCCAGUUGGUCCUGUGGACCGGUUGGACCAACCGGCCAGUUGGUCCUGUGGACCGGUUGACCAACCGGCCAGUUGGUCCUGUGGACCGGUUGGACCAACCGGCCAGUUGGUCCUGUGGACCGGUUGGACCAACCGGCCAGUUGGUCCUGUGGACCGGUUGGACCAACCGGCCAGUUGGUCUGUGGACCGGUUGGACCAACCGGCCAGUUGGUCCUGUGGACCGGUUGGACCAACCGGCCAGUUGGUCAUCCUGUGGACCGGUUGGACCAACCGGCCAGUUGGUCCUGUGGACCGGUUGGACCAACCGGCCAGUUGGUCCUGUGGACCGGUUGGACCAACCGCCAGUUGGUCCUGUGGACCGGUUGGACCAACCGGCCAGUUGGUCCUGUGGACCGGUUGGACCAACCGGCCAGUUGGUCUGUGUGGACCGGUUGGACCAACCGGCCAGUUGGUCCUGUGGACCGGUUGGACCAACCGGCCAGUUGGUCUGUGGACCGGUUGGACCAACCGGCCAGUUGGUCUGUGGACCGGUUGGACCAAACAACCCGGCCAGUUGGUCCUGUGGACCGGUUGGACCAACCGGCCAGUUGGUCCUGUGGACCGGUUGGACCAACCGGCCAGUUGGUCCUGUGGACCGGUUGGACCAACCGGCCAGUUGGUCCUGUGGACCGGUUGGACCAACCGGCCAGUUGGUCCUGUGGACCGGUUGGACCAACCGGCCAGUUGGUCCUGUGGACCGGUUGGACCAACCGGCCAGUUGGUCUGUGGACCGGUUGGACCAACCGGCCAGUUGGUCCUGUGGACCGGUUGGACCAACCGGCCAGUUGGUCCUGUGGACCGGUUGGACCAACCGGCCAGUUGGUCCUGUGGACCGGUUGGACCAACCGGCCAGUUGGUCCUGUGGACCGGUUGGACCAAACGGCCAGUUGGUCCUGUGGACCGGUUGGACCAACCGGCCAGUUGGUCCUGUGGACCGGUUGGACAAACCGGCCAGUUGGUCUGUGGACCGGUUGGACCAACGGCCAGUUGGUCCUGUGGACCGGUUGGACCAACCGGCCAGUUGGUCCUGUGGACCGGUUGGACCAACCGGCCAGUUGGUCAUGUGGACCGGUUGGACCAACCGGCCAGUUGGUCUGUGGACCGGUUGGACCAACCGGCCAGUUGGUCCUGUGGACCGGUUGGACCAACGGCCAGUUGGUCCUGUGGACCGGUUGGACCAACCGGCCAGUUGGUCCUGUGGACCGGGGACCAACCGGCCAGUUGGUCCUGUGGACCGGUUGGACCAACCGGCCAGUUGGUCAUGUGGACCGGUUGGACCAACCGGCCAGUUGGUCCUGUGGACCGGUUGGACCAACCGGCCAGUUGGUCCUGUGGACCGGUUGGACCAACCGGCCAGUUGGUCCUGUGGACCGGUGGACCAACCGGCCAGUUGGUCCUGUGGACCGGUUGGACCAACCGGCCAGUUGGUCCUGUGGACCGGUUGGACCAACCGGCCAGUUGGUCCUGUGGACCGGUUGGACCAACCGGCCAGUUGGUCCUGUGGACCGGUUGGACCAACCGGCCAGUUGGUCCUGUGGACCGGUUGGACCAACCGGCCAGUUGGUCCUGUGGACGGUUGGACCAACCGGCCAGUUGGUCUGUGGACCGGUUGGACCAACCGGCCAGUUGGUCCUGUGGACCGGUUGGACCAACGGCCAGUUGGUCCUGUGGACCGGUUGGACCAACCGGCCAGUGGUCCUGUGGACCGGUUGGUCCAACCGGCCAGUUGGUCCUGUGGACCGGUUGGACCAACCGGCCAGUUGGUCUGUGGACCGGUUGGACCAACCGGCCAGUUGGUCCUGUGGACCGGUUGGACCAAACGGCCAGUUGGUCAUGUGGAACGGUUGGACCAACGGCCAGUUGGUCCUGUGGACCGGUUGGACCAAACCGGCCAGUUUGGUCUGUGGAACGGUUGGACCAACCGGCCAGUUGGUCCUGUGGACCGGUUGGACCAACCGGCCAGUUGGUCCUGUGGACCGGUUGGACCAACCGGCCAGUUGGUCCUGUGGACCGGUUGGACCAACCGGCCAGUUGGUCCUGUGGACCGGUUGGACCAACCGGCCAGUUGGUCCUGUGGACCGGUUGGACCAACCGGCCAGUUGGUCAUGUGGACGGUUGGACCAACCGGCCUGUUGGUCCUGUGGACCGGUUGGACCAACCGGCCAGUUGGUCAUGUGGACCGGUUGGACCAACGGCCAGUUGGUCCUGUGGACGGUUGGACAAACGGCCAGUUGGUCCUGUGGACCGGUUGA